CCGCCAUAUCCUCCCACUUGCUCCGUAUCUCUCAUGGCUCUGCCAACACCUUCAUAGUACUGACCUCCCCCUGAGACUAUGAGAACGGUCUCUCUCCUAGGCCGCCAAUGCCGACACCAGCUCACCUCCUGCGCCGCCGCGCGCGCCGCCUUCGCGCAAGCUAAUCGUCGCGCAUUUACGUCCUCCGCUCGCGGCCGUCUCCCAUUCCUCAAAUCCUCAUACUUUCGCACACCUCCACGGACAAAUUAUGCCGGCCGCAGCACCGUGCUGCUCUGCGCCUUGAGCCCCGCCGUCUUCGUCAGCCUCUCCAACCAGGACCACGAUGACGAUGACCGCACGGGAGAACAGCUCAUGCUCGAAGCUUCGCGCGCGGAGUUGAAAGAUCAAGUUCCUCACGUGAUCCAGAAUUCCAAAGGCUUCCGGAAGGGAAUAUACUUGUUCUUUGACAAUUACAUCUGGGAGCCUAUCGCGACAGGGCUGAGGUUCCUGCAUCUAGUAAUCAUUUUCGUGCCAGUCAUCCUGACUGUGCCGAUGAUAUGGCUAGGUCCAAGGGUCGAGGAUAGGGACAAUGAGAGGAGGGGGACUCUGUGGUGGUAUGGCUUCUUGGUUGGAAGCAUGGAGAGGGCAGGAGCAGCGUUUAUAAAGUUGGGCCAGUGGGCUGCAUCGCGAUCGGACAUCUUCCCCAAUGAGAUGUGCGCCGUCAUGUCCUCGCUCCACUCGAAUGCACCUGCGCAUUCGAUACAUCAGACGAAGAAGAUCGUAGAGCGGGCAUUUGACGGACGUCCGUUUGAGGACAUUUUCGAGGAAUUCGACGAGAAACCUAUGGGAGUAGGCGCUAUUGCUCAAGUUUAUCGAGCGAAGCUUAAACCGGACCUCACCGCGGCAACCGAAGACGAUGGCCAACCCCGAAACCUACGGCAACGACUAAGGAAGAAUGUCGAUGUGACUCUGAAAAGCACCCCGCAUCGCGUCCCGUCAUCGUACGUCGCGGUCAAAGUCUUGCAUCCAUAUGUGGAGAGGAUUGUCCGAAGGGAUUUGCGUAUUAUGGGUUUCUUUGCCUCUGCCAUCAACGCUAUUCCGACCAUGGAAUGGCUUUCUUUUCCCGAUGAGGUCAAGCAGUUCGCGGAAAUGAUGAAGUUGCAGUUGGAUCUCCGCAUAGAGGCAGCAAACCUUACCAUCUUUCGAAAGAACUUCAAAGAGCGCACGACCGCAUGGUUCCCUUACCCGCAUCUGGAGUACACGACUCGGCAGGUUCUCAUUGAAGAGUUCGCUCAUGGCAUACCACUCGAAGAUUUCCUCGAGAAUGGCGGGGGUGUCUACCAAAAAGAGCUUGCCGAUGAAGGUCUCGAUGCCUUCCUCCACAUGGUUAUCAUCGAUAACUUUAUUCAUGCCGAUCUUCACCCGGGCAAUAUCAUGGUGCGGUUCUACAAGCCCGAAACCUUGGACGUUCCGUCUUGGCGUUACAGAAAGACGCCAAGCUCUGUCGAAAACGGCGUCGAUGUAACCGAAGAGGUGCUACAGCGCAUGCAGCCGCUAAAGCGCAAGAAGAAAGAGUGGGUUGCCCAGCUUGAGCAGCUAGAUAGAGAGGGUUACCGUCCGCAGCUCAUCUUCAUUGACACCGGCCUCGUGACUGAGCUCAAUCAUGUGAAUCGCGAGAACUUCCUCGCUCUUUUCAAGGCGAUUGCCGAGUUUGACGGAUACAAGGCGGGCCAUCUGAUGGUAGAAAGAUGCAGGCAGCCAGACGCGGUGAUUGAUAAAGAGGUCUUUGCUUUGCGCAUGCAGCAUUUGGUACUCAGCGUCAAGAGCCGAACAUUCGCGUUGGGCAACAUCAAGAUCGGCGAUAUCCUCAACGAAGUCUUGGCUAUGGUCAGAGGGCACCAUGUCAGACUCGAGGGCGACUUUGUCAACGUUGUGCUGAGUGUUUUGCUUUUGGAGGGUAUUGGCAGAAAUCUGGAUCCUGACAUGGAUCUCUUCGCAGGAGCCCUACCUAUUCUUCGCCAGGUCGGUGCCCAGAGUGGUGCGGGCAUGAUCAGGGGUGCCGAUUUCUCCAUGCUCAAAGUCUGGGCUGGUCUGGAGGCGCGCAGCUUCCUCCGCGCGUCCGUUGAGAGCGUCGAGAUGUGCGUCAAGUACGACAUGCUAUCACCCAACAUUUAAUCAUUUGACAAUUUAUUGUGGCGGCUUCAUGGUGGCGUUGCAGGAGCGAGAACACGGCAGGGCAUGGGAUAGAGGGUGGAGAGGAUUGAUUGGCUUAGAUUCCUAUUCUUGCCUACCUAUUGUACAAUGGCACUCUUCUCCGAUGAUCGAUGGCGACUAACGUCCGUCACCGCGAACCGAGAUCACCGUCUACCUAGUGAGACGGGGGAUGAUACAAGCAGUCCCUAUAGAGUGCUCUUUGUCUAGCUCUAAGCCCGAACUUACCCUAAUGACCG